AUGGCUGACCAACUGCAAACACAUCAAGUAUUACCCUCAGCCUCACAGCCUGGAGGCGAUGCUCGAGAGACGAUAGAUGCAGUGAACACGGCCGUAUCUAUAUCAUCGCUUGUUUUGAGGUGUUUCGGAGAUUUCCAGAGUCUUAUAGAUGCAUUAUCAACACAAGAGGAGCAAUCCCCCGCCAGAUCAAAAGUCAGCGAAGAACUUGGUCGACUCAGAGUCUGGGUAGGCAACUUUGGUGCCCAUCGCAAGCAAACAGACCGGCUGUCCUUGGACCACCGACUCAGAGAGGCCCCGGAUUUACACAAAGGUGUCAGGAAUCACCUUGCAGACAUUUCUAAGACGAUCGAAGAAGCAAGUGCUUAUCUUUUGACAAGCCCCGGAUCUACGGAUGACGCAAAUCUGGUAGAUAGAGAGGACUCGGAUUCUGAAAGCUCAGACUCAGAUGGCUUCUGGGAACAGAUCAGAACCGAGGCAUCCCAUCGGUCGCCUAUUGAUAUAUACAUUGAGGAUCUAAGUCAUACGGUGACAAGUUUGUACAAGCUAUCUCUAUCUCUCCAGAACCCAGCACAUCGUGAUCGGUCUAUCCAAGCCUCUCGUAUAGACCUACACCAUUUCGAAUUCUAUGACAUCAAUCACGUAUGUGAUAAAUUCAACCUCACACCGGACAGCGCACUCGCUCAGCGCCUAGGAAAAGCAAACACCAAACGUCGUCAGUUACUAGCUUACUACAAAGACCACUCUGACAAAAUCUCUAAAUACGUCAACGUUGCUAUAAGCAAAGCCGUGCCAGUGCCUCAACUUCCAGUGAGUAUUGAACUACAAAGCGAGCAUCAACGAAGGCCUCCCACGAUUUCCACUCAAUGGACGCAAGACACCAUGGUUUCAACAAUAUACCAGGAUAAUGAUGUUGCAUCAGACUCUGGACGAACAAGGUUUUCUGCCACGAGUUCCACCGCAGGCGAUCAGGUUCAAAACUUGAUCCCGCCACCUCCAAGAGGAUCAAGUGUCACAAGACGUCAUCCCUUCAUCUGUCCAUACUGUCAUCAAACCGUUCAGGUAGAAAAUGAUGAGGACUGGAUCUACCAUGUAUACAGUGACUUGCGGCCUUAUAUCUGUACCUUCGGCGGUUGUGUCAAAGAAAAUCAGCUAUACGAUAGCUUCACAGAGUGGAGCGCUCACGAACGACAAUUCCAUAGAAGAGAGUGGUUCUGCACUCUUUGUCCAUACACAUCCGCAGAUAAAUGCGCUUUACUUUCUCACCUCGAAGAUGAUCACGCAGACACCCCCAAAGAACAACGACAAGAAAUGAAAAAUCAGUCAAAACCUUCCACGUUAGCACAGCAAUGUCCACUUUGCACCAAGCCUCCCAUUACCAGCUCGAGUCGAUUCCAACAGCAUCUAGCUCAGCAUCUGCAACAACUUGCCCUCUUCGUUCUUCCUCGAAGAGAAACCGAUGAUGAAGAGUCAGCGUUGCGCGAGGAAGAGUCGGAUGAGUCUCGACAAGCUUUCAUGACGGAUUUGGAAGACAGAGGAUCACUCGACUCUAUUUACGCCGACAGCAAGGCUUCCGUGGUUGAGAGCUCGACCUCUGGUCUCCGCUCUCUCACCAAUGAUCGCUUACUGGACGAAAUUCCAGUAGAGGCGAUGAACGAUACAUCAGAAGGCAUAAAAAAUGAGUCAGACGAUACCGAAGCGACCAAUUCCUUGAAUAGCUCAGACGUUCUCCGGAAAAUGGAAACUCAUGCACUUGCUGCAUUAGAGAAUUCUCGGAAAGACCUUGGUCCUGAGAACCCUCAUACUAUUGCGUGCAUGGAUACCGUUGCCUUCAUUUAUUGGGAUCAAUGGCGAUUGGACGAUCUGGAACCGUUUUUGGAGGAAUUGUUGGAUAUCAAACAAAGAAUACUGGGGCCUGGGCAUGAAUCCACCAUAGGAAGCAUAAUCCUUAAGGGGCAGAUGCUUAUCGAGCAGUCACGAUUGCACGAGGCAGAAAAAGUGUUCGAGUUGGGUGUACAAAUAAGCACGAAGCACCUAGGCAUGAAUAGCGAAAUCAGCCUAAACUUUAUGAACUGCCUUGCCCGGACAUACCGUCAACUGGGAAAAAUCGACCAAUCGGACGAGCUUGUGUCGCGAUUGAGAGAAAUUUCGAGUCGGGCCUUGGGAGAAGAUCAUCCGAUCACUUUAUGGACCAUGCAUAUUGAAGCAAUGAGCAGUCACCAAACCGAUAAUGAUGAAGAGAAGGAGAGGCUUUUAUCGCAGAUUGUGGAAAGUUCUGAGAAGCUACAGCACUUCCAAGAGCAUCGGGACAUGGGCAACUGGGCUAGAGUCAGUCUUGUUCAAACCUACUUCAACAAAGGGGAGACGGAAAGGGCAGAAGAAUACUUGAGAAUGACAGUUGGGAGCAUGAAAGACAUGAGAGGAAACGACCGCCACAGAAUGCAGGUCAUGGGCACUCUUGCCAACAUUUGCUUCGUUCACUCGAGACUUGACGUCGCUGAAGCUCUCUCCGUAGAUGCCCGGGAGAGUGCCACAAAAGCAUUUGGGCAGAUGAAUGCUUACCGAGCACGCUAUGGGGCCAACCUAGCAAGAGUUUAUUACAGAAAACAGAGAGUUGAGGAAGCUCGGCAACUAAUGGCAGAGUGUGCAGAAGAUUUGUUAAAAUGUUGGGGUCCUCGGCAUCCGGAGACAAUUGCUGCCUUGAAGGACCUACAAGAGUGGGAGGUUCCAAUAGAAGCUACUAAUGCUGGAGCCUCGCAAACACUUGUAUGA